AUGGCUGUUCUAGCAGAGGUUCCCAAGUCCUACGAAGCUCUGGUGCAGCUGGAGAAGAGCAGCUAUGGUUCGCCGCAGGACCACGUCAGAGAGGCGGCGCGGAUCAUUGGGGUUGAUCUAGACACUAUCCUGCAGAUUGAGAGUGAGGGAGCUAAGAGUGCUCCCGGAGUGCUUCCUGCCGCGGCACCAAAGGAGGAAUGGGUGCUGCGGUGGCUGCUGAAAAAAUUAACGGUGCCAGCGAGCAAGACGACGUCGAAUUACCGGCUCGAGAAUCUUACGUGGACACUUUUCCAUCUGCUGCUGGACAGAAUCCCCGCCAGAACGGUGGCGAUACUCCUGACCGAGAACAAGUUUCUGCUCGUCUUGCAGACGUCCUUGGAGGAACUACGGGAGCUGAUAUCAUCACCACCUUCGACAUCGGAUGCCCCGCGAGAUGAUGGCUCGGCCGGCAAAAAGCAUGCCAAAAGCGGUAAAAAGCGAAAGAGAACGGAAGAUGAUGCCGCCGACGGCGGCCCGCAACGCUCGUCCACGGCGCCCAACUCCCCCGCGGACACGUUCAUGUCGGUGAUCGCGGCGGUGAAGCACCUCGUCGAGCUGGCAGACAGGGUCCCGGCUGCGCAGGCUGCACUCAAGGCACAGCUGAAGCUGGUCUUACGGGGAGAUCCAGCGACUGCGGCGAAUAUUCUCCGCCAGGCCUUGCAGAGUGCCGCGGCGACGGGGCACAUGACCGAGCGGUCAUUUGUUGGCUUGUCCGCUGUGGUGGAAAUCUGGAACCUGAGGUCUGAGAGCUUGGACGGAUCUGUGAGCUUGAGUAAUGGUCUUUUUUGUUCAAGAGUCUUGGGACCUGCUCUGCAGCUGCUCCUAAAUAACGCAUCAACUCAGGAUGAAACGAGGACCAGGCAUCCCCUUGUGCAAGCUAUCGAAAGAUUGGUUGUACUACAUGUUACCUUGCCUCUCCGAGAGCUCUUCUUUUCAACUCCCACCAACAAUCAAAACGCUCAAGACGACCGGGUUUCCCCAGAUACCAUUGACACUAUUUCGAAGGGACUUGCUUCCCGGUUAGGGGAUGAUGCAAACAUAGCCCCUAGCCUUCUGUCGAUUCUACUUGAGAUAUCUACCCGUGCUCUGCCGCGAGACACGUUCAAACGUCAGAUGAAGGAGGCAGCAUGGCUGGAGACCCUAUUCGUGGUUCUCUCUGCGCGCGCUGGGUUUGAUUUGUAUACAGACUCCCGGAAAAAAUCUGACCCGGCUAUACUACAGUGUCUAUUCCAGGUUGCUAUUGAUCGGGCAUUUACCUUGUCUCUCGGUACACUCGUGCGAUACACUGUGCGAUUUUCCGGGCUGCUUCAGAGCAGCAGGAGUGAAAUACCAUGGAAAUUGGUCUCACAGGUGAUUCAACUUGGCGUUGAUGUUUUCCUGCCCAAUUCAGGACUCAGUGAAUCAAAACCCCUUCUGGAUUCCCUGGUGACUUGUCUCACUUCGGUCUGCCAGUCUCCCCAGCAGACUUUCGACGUUACGUAUACGUUGAUGAAGAACGGUGUUGUUCUACCUUUACUAAAGGGCUUCUUCGCGGCGAGAGAUGGAGAUGCAUUCCUUCAAAUUUGGAGUAGUCAACUUAAACUCUUAGACAAACGUCGUUCAGAGUGCGCCGAUUUGCCUCCUUUUUCCGUCUGGGAAGAUGAUGACAUCUCUCGAGCGUAUGGAGAGUUACUCUCUGUUAACUAUGCCUCUGCACGCGUCGAGUCUCAGAUCGAGAGGGUCGUCUCGGCUUUGUCCAACUCCGAUGAUAUACCAACGGCGUAUGCCGAUGUUGUGGUUUUGGACUCGAUGCUGAUGGUUGGAUCAGAGAAGGACAGAAAACUGCAAUCAGGCCUUUCUUGUGGGAAUGUUUUAGAGACUUUGAUAGCCUUUAUCAAGUCCUCUUCUGGCGCUCUUUGGAAAUGGCGCUUAUGGAGAAUUUCUCGGAAUUUUAUUGAUGCCUCCGGCGCCCCAAAUAGCACCCUUCCUGAAACUGUUACCUCAUCUAUGCUGCCUACCGCUCUGGAAACUAUUGAACGAUUUCGCAAGAAGACUUCGGCCUCGACCAACAAUGCACAAUGCCAAGAAGCCUUUUGGAGCUGUAAAUUCGCCACUUGCUUUGCUGAAGAGCUAGAAGAAGCCGCUGCUACGCAGUAUCUGGAUAAAAUCGCUUCAAUACUUUGUGUCCUGCUCAGAAACUCUCCGGAAUUUGCGGGUGUAGGCUGGAACGGUCGCAUUGAAACUCUUAUUUCCCACCAAACUGUAGCAAUUGGGUGCCUAGCAACGUUAUUAUCAAACAACAAAGCUUUGGGUCUUCUAUCAGCGGAAUCCCGACGAAAGCUUUUUUUGGUAUUUCUAUCUGCAGCCUAUCCAACUGAAGCAACGCAAUCAAAAGAGGUUGUGCGCAAUGAAACUCUUGAAGAUUCAUGUCCACAGCUACCAAACCUUUGGCACGACUUUGUAUCCUACGAUUUUCUUUACACUUCGUCGAAUGUUGUGUACGACUUGACUUUCGUUUUGUCCGAGCAACUAAAGGAGGGCAAGAAAAACCGUGAGUUUCUUGUGAAAAGCCUUUUAAAUAUCCCCGUUAAAUUGAUGCCGCGCCACCAAAGAGGCAGUUUACUGGAUCUCCUUGAGCAAAUUCUCAUGGAAGCUCCCAGGCCGGAAACGAAGGUUGACAUUGUUUCUCUCAUGGCGAAGUUGGUUGCUGCACCAAAAUCGCCUGCCAAAAUCACGAGCGAUAGUAAAAAUCUUUGGAAGUUGGCGGCAUCUGUAUCUACUCAAGAUGUUCGGGCCGAGUCGGAUUUCUUCCGUGCUUUUGAUCAGCUACACUGUGCGGUGGUCUCAAAGAUGUUGACUCCGUCAGGAGAGUUGGAUGCAUUUGGCGAAGAGACAUUUGCCGUGGUUUCUGAGAUAGGUGGGAAGAUGGCGACUAUCAAUCUCGAUACGGCGGAGCAUUAUUUGUUGUUCUUGUCCCUAAAUCUGCUCCACAAACACCAGACGGAUUUUGAUGAUAGGAAACGAAAACACAUCCAAACGUUGCGAGCAAAAACCUUUAAGAAAUUCGUUUCAGAUCUCAAGACUUUAUCACGAGAAUUAAAAAAGGAGCCGUCCAGACCGCAUCUUGUGGUCGGGAUCUUGGAAAUUUCAAAAACUUUAGAAGAUCUGAUACGGAAAGAUAAAAAAGCUUUGCGGUAUUUCCAGAAGCUUGACAAAUAUUUAAGUGUCUCCAGCUGUGCUGAAAGUAUUAGAAAUUCUGUUAAACGGCAAAAGAUGUCAUAUGAAACCACGGAAUCGGAGGUCACCACCAGCCUCCUCAGUUACGCUCCGUUCCUCAAAAUACAUCAACUCCAAACAAGAGACCAGAAAUUGUCUGCUCAUACAAUUUACGCCCAGUUGUCAUCUUUACCAAAAGAAGCUCUGGUUGGCUUCAUCCGUGACUCGCGAAUCUCAAUUUCUUCAGGGGAGCACUUGGCCUAUCGGUUACUGUUGAUUGGCAUGGCUCUAGCCUUGCUAGAUCCGAUUGAAGAUAGAGAAAGUUCGGAAUCUCUUGAAUUAACCGCAACUUUCACCGAAAUCACCGAGGUUCUGACAAAAUGUACGUCGAUUGAGGCCUUCAGUCUCGCGUCGGAAUGUCUUGAUAUAAUACUACGCACGCAAGCCCGUUCAGUAUCCCAAUGGAACGUUGACAAUAUCAUCGCCACUUUUGCUAUUAUUGCGUCGCCAGCGGGCCCCCAGAUCGCACGCUGCGAUGCGGGAGCUGUAUACACACGUACAUGUCGUCUGCUAGGGACAAUUUUUGGACUAUACCGUAAGAAGAUGAGCGGGAGGCUUCACCUCGUCCUCCCGGUCUUGCAACAACUAUUGCGAUGCCUCUUCUCGGGCGAUUCCCGAUCGAUGAAGCAGUCACGCUUCCUGUCCACAUUGCCCCCAUGGCUUGGAAGCAGGGGCCCAACGCCCCUGACCGCCGAACAUGCUGGCCAAUAUACACGCUUGCUGACGUCGCUCUGCGACCCAACGGUGUCGGCGGUUGAAAAUCACCGUGGAGGCUUUAGUCAAGGCUUGAGUGACAACACGAAGAAAGUAAAGAGCCUCGUCAGCCAACACCUCCAGUAUCUCAUCAUAGAAUAUGCAGGGUUGCAAUUACGUGGCCACCUAACGCCUGACAUGAAAGCGGUCCUGAUGCCAGGGUGGUAUGCCGUUCUAGAUGUCAUGUCGAAGACAACCUUGCGAGCAAUGAAUGCGAGCAUGGAUUCAUCGUCAAGGGCGGUGUUCAAAGGGUUAUAUGACGAUUAUGUGAAAUUUGGGCGGUGGAAUCAUGACUGA